GGCUUCUCGAUCACGAUUGGUCGAAAUAAUGAUGACGUUUUCGGGAAGGUAAUAAAAGCUCCGCGCUGGCUGCAUUCUGCGCUUACACAGUAUGGCCGGCGAUAUUAGCUAGCAUUCGCCUACGGUAUUCUCUGUAAAAGGGGAAGACGGCAAAAAUCAAGGCAACUACACCUGGACUGCUCAAGGACUUUAACUAAUAAAGCUAAUAAAUUAUAACUACCGAUAACGGAUUAAUAUCAAUUGUAAUUCCAUCCGACGCUAUAAUUUCUGUUGUUGGAGUCUGUUUGUCUCACGAUGGAAGAAAGCAGUGCACACUUCUUCGAGGGGACCGAGAAGCUGUUGGAGGUGUGGUUCUCCCGUCAAGACGAAGCCAAAGGAACCGGGGAUCUGCGCACUAUCCCCAGAUUUGAAUGGGACAAACUUCUGGAGAAUGUGCAUUGUUUGAUUAUAAGUGUGACAAAGACUGACAAACAGGAAGCUUAUAUACUCAGUGAGAGUAGCAUGUUUGUCUCCAAGAGACGUUUCAUUUUGAAGACAUGCGGAACAACCCUCUUACUGCAGGCACUGGUGCCUCUGCUGGAGCUGGCCCGCGAGUACUGCGGCUUUGAUGCCAUCGAGAAUUUCUUCUACUCGCGUAAAAAUUUCAUGAAGCCCACCCAUCAAGAGUUCCCUCACCGUAACUUCCAGGAGGAGGUUGAGUUCCUCAGCGAGAUUUUUCCAAAUGGAGCAGCCUACUGUAUGGGACGCCUGAACUCUGACUGCUGGUACUUGUUUACUCUGGAGCAGCCUGAAUUCUGGGAAAACAAACAGGCGGACCAGACUCUAGAAGUUCUGAUGAGUGAUCUCGACCCAGCUGUGAUGGACCAGUUCUUUAUGAAAGAUGGUGUUUCUGCUAAUGAUGUCACUCGUAUGAGUGGAAUUUGUGACCUGAUUCCAGGUUCAGUGAUCGAUGCCACGCUGUUCAACCCGUGUGGAUACUCGAUGAACGGAAUGAAGACUGAUGGAACUUAUUGGACGAUUCACAUCACCCCCGAACCCGAAUUCUCUUACGUCAGCUUUGAAACCAACCUCUCCCAGACAUCCUACGACGAGCUCAUCCGCAAGGUGGUGGAUGUCUUCAAACCAGGGAAAUUCGUGACUACGCUUUUCGUCAAUCAGAGCUCCAAAUGUCGCAGCGUCUUCACUUCGGCUCAGAAGCUGGAGGGUUACCGUCUUCUCGACCGCCAGCUAGCUCACUUCAACGAUUACAACUUCCUCUUCACCAGUUACGCCAAGAACCGCCAGCAGAACCAACAGAUCUGACCCUCCCCGAUGAAGAAGCGUAAGAAGAAACAUCGCCGCCGUCAGGAACUUCUCGUCGGGCGGCGCGGUCUCGUCCUAUCUGGGAGGCGGAUUCUGUCUCCUGCCCUUAGAUCUUCCCUGAGUUUAACCCGUAUGCAUUCUCGUAACUGUAACGUAGAUCUCGUGCAUGAAAGCUCCUCUCGUGUCUUCUCGUGUGUACUAGCUCAUUCUUGCUGUGAUCUUGAAGUGCACGUAGAGUUACCGAACGCGCCGGCGAGCGUGAGGCAUGUCACGCCGUCACGGCGCGUGCAACGUUCUCUUCCCUUCCUGCAAGCGUCCCCUCGCAUCCCUCACAGACAAGGCUUCAGGCCUCACUAGACGAGGACCCUGACAUGCUCACAUCUCACCCGCGUGCUCCUUUAGACCAAAACAAGUUCCGUCGCUUUUGUUAACACAGUUUUGUACGUUCUCUCUGGGUUUCAUUUACUAUAAUGUGGGAAUUAAACUUUGUAUGUUUUUAAUGAUACAAAUAUAUACAUGCAAAUAUUUCCUAAAUGUUUACAUGUGUGUGAUUAUAAAUACAAAAUAAAUAUGCACGUACAUAUAUUACGUAAACACAAACUUUUAUUCUGGGUGCGAUUGAUCGCGAUUAAUUGUUAAACUUAAUUUCCUUUAGAUCGCUCAUCUGUGUAAAGGAAACGGUCUUAAAAAAGGAUCACUAACAAAUAAUAAGCAUAGCUUUAUCUGAUUUUCAUCAUCCUUCCAGAUAAACGUCAUUAUUUUAGAGGCUAGAGAAUGGUUCAUUCACUGGUCGCUCAAAGAUUAUUGACUUUUAUUGUUUGGCAAAUAUAGUCAGAAUAUGACACUACAUUUUGAGAAACAAAAAUUAUUUUAGUCGAACACGACAGUCAUUUUGCAAUGAAACCAUACGCUUCUAUGAACUUCGUUUAGUUUUGGUCACAAUGGAUCAGAAACUAUAUUUCUUGUUCAUCUGCUUUUCACCACAUGACCACUGAAUGUUUGAAAAGUUGAGUAAUGUAACGGUUUCCCUUCUUCAUCGUUGACGGUUUAAAUCUCGCAAUACAUCCCAUGAAGCUAGAAACACUCUUCUGUAAAUAAAUGAGCCUUUGUUGCAUGUGCACAAAUAAAACGCGCGGACUACUGUGUCGAACAAUAGUGAGAAACAUGAAGGACCCCGGGCUGUCCGGCACAGAGCCUGUUUAACACCCAGGCGCUGAAUUAAAACCGUCAGAGCGACACUUUCAGUGUGCCCAUCGCACAGCCAAGCGUUUUUCUUUUUUUUUUCAACAAAACGACUUGUCUGUCUUUUUCUCUAGCGGUAAGCACACAAUGGGCUGGCUUCUGGAUCUGAGCAUGUCGGGGUCAAACCGGAUCAUUCCACACCACUGCAAAAACGUGCAGGUUUAUCAAACAAAUCUUUACUGCAGCGCGUGUGUCCAAAACUUCAUUCCACCUCUACGAAAGACUGUUGUUUUUUUAAUAAACCCUCUUUUUGCAUCGAGGGAAAGUUUUGAUUGAAGUUUUUGUUCUGUUGCAUGCCACUGGCGUGUAGCGGGACGUUUCUGUGCGUCAUACGUGUUCAUACACUGAAAUGUUUUGAGUUUGAGUGAAUCUAAGGAUUCGGUUUAUUUCUCACUGCUGAUGUUGUGACGAUGCUGUCAUUUCUCCUUAAUAGCAGAAAUCUUCCACUACAGCCUGUUGAGAGAGAGAGAGAGAGAAAUAGAAAUAGAAAGAGUGAGAGAGAGUGAGAGAGAGAGAGUGAGGUGGUGAUGAUGAUGAUGAUGAUGAUGAUGAUGAUGAUGAAAGUCAUUUCUAUUGGAUUUUCCUGACAGGACAAUCAUGUUGUAUUUCACACGUGUUUGGAGGAGUAACAGCAUCACGUGUCACAUCUGUUUCUUUGUUUCGUUAAGGAAAGGGAGUGGGCAGUUGUGAGCAUUUCUCUGGUCUUUAUACACGGGGUGGGCAGAAAUGUUGAGGACCAAGUUUUAUAAAACGCUCCUUUUCUGAGCGUGUUCUGAGGUGGCGAGUGACUGUUGUGCUGGUGUGUGAAGGAUUCGUCACGUUUGGAAGGGAAAACUUUGCUGUCCUGAUUCUCUUGCUAUUUCCAUGGUUGGUCAAGAUGUGCUAAAUAUAUCUGUACUAAGAGCCUGAUGCUUUCAAUAAAGUAAAUAACUAUAAAA